GAUUAAGAGGUCGUAGAACAUAGAGAUUUACUGUACCAAAUGAAAAAUCGGUACAUUGGUUAAUUUGAAAAUUAUGAGAUGGUACAUCUUAAAGACAAUCGAACGAAAAGGAAGAUUGAGGACUGUCAAAAAAUAUGCCAUCUUUUAACCAAUCACCAAAAACCUUUGAUUAUAUAAAUAUUUAAGACCAACAACAUGGUUAUUUCAUACUUUCACAUUAUAUCAAAAAAUAUUAGCACAACAUGUUCAAAAAAAUUGCCGUCGGUAUUUCUGGUGGUGUAGAUAGUGCUGUAACAGCAUUUCUGUUAAAGAGCGCCGGCUACCAGGUGGAAGGAGUUUUCAUGAGAAAUUGGGACAAUAAUUACGAAGCAGGUUUUUGUUCAGAUGAGAAAGAUUAUGAAGAUGCAUCUUUUGUUUGUCGUAAGCUUGAUGUUCCUCUACACAGAGUGCACUUUAUAAAAGAAUAUUGGAAUGAUGUUUUCACCACUUUAUUAAAGGAAUAUGAGUCAGGAUUGACCCCAAAUCCGGAUAUACUCUGCAACAGAUAUAUUAAAUUUGAUAGGUUUUUUGAACAUUGCAGGAACAAUUUAGCUGUAGAUGCCAUUGCAACUGGCCACUAUGCUAAUACAACUUUUGGACCAUAUUUAGAUAAUUUUAAAGAAAAUGAAAGUGUAAAGCUUCUACAGCCAGUUGAUAAACAUAAAGAUCAAACAUUUUUUAUGUCCCAAGUAAAACAAUUCUCAUUAAGAAGAUGUAUGUUUCCAUUGGCAAGAUAUUUGAAAAGUGAAGUAAGAGAAAUAGCAAGAAAGAAGGGUCUUAUGAAUAUUGCUAGAAAAAGGGAUAGUACAGGAAUAUGUUUUAUUGGCAAAAAGAGAUUUAAAAACUUCAUUCAAGAGUUUAUUCCUGAGAAGAAUGGACACUUUAUUGAUAUAGACACAGGACAAAUUGUGGGAGAGCAUACUGGUAUCCAUAAAUGGACAAUAGGACAACGAUGUUGUUUGCGAAGCUUUAAAGAUGCAUACUUUAUAUUUAAAAAAGAUGUAGUUUCUAAUAAUAUUUAUGUUGUUGCGUGUACUAAACAUCCUGCCCUUUGGAAUAAUAUUUGCUACACCACCCAGCCUCACUGGAUUUCUGAAGAACCGGUAGAUUUAGUUAAGAAAUGUGUAUGGAAGGCCUAUUUUAGAUUCCAACAUACUAAGCCUUUAGUACCUUGCCGGGUAGUUAAGAACUCUGAUGGCUUAACAAUAAUAUUAGAGCAAAAUUUAAGAGCAAUAACAGAAGGGCAAUAUGGGGUUCUGUAUAGUAAUAAUAUAUGUUACGGUAGUGCAAAGAUAAAAGAUAUUCAUAAAAACCUUAAACUGCCUUCUAUUGAAUAAGUCUUAAUUUUAUACAGAAGACUAACACAAUAGUCAUAUUGUAUACAUUGUUAAUGUUAAUAUUAUUAUGUGGAAAAAAUAAAUAUUUGCUGUUAUAAGCAGAAAACUGUUUUCAAUAAUAUCACCUUUUCCAAUAUGUUUGGCUCUUGUGUUAUGUAGCUGUAGUCUGUAAGAGCUAAUUAGUGUUGUUGCGUCUAGUCGGUAAAGCCGAUAAUCCGGCCACUUUCGUAGUCGGCAACCAUUCGCCUAAGAGCGCCGACUAUGCGACUUCUUCGUAUGUCAGAAUAAAAUUAAUAUUUUAUUUACUGUCUACAACUAAUAUAUAUCAUCAAUUUUCAAUUUAAUUGCGAAUGCGUAAUAUAUUACAUUAAAUAAAAAGGCUGUUAAUCAAUAUUUAUUUAAUAUUUUAUAAUCAGUCUCUAAAAUUACUUGCUUUUAAAGACAAAAUAAUAUACGAAGGGCGGUCAAAAAGUUCGCGGAAUGACAGGGACGGGUAAUGAAAUGAAACAUUCAAUUAUUUUCCUUUUCAAUGUAUUCUCCCUUAACUCUAAUACAUUUAUCAGAUCUGUCAAAUAAUUUAUUAAUACCGUCGAAAAAAAGGCCGAAAUUGUCGACUUCACUUUAUCAUCGUUGCAAAACUUUUUUCCAUGCAGUUAUUUCUUUAUUUUUGGAAACCAAUAAUAGUCGCUAGAGGCCAGAUCUAGGCUGUGACGCAUCGAUGAAUGGCAACUGUCACAAAAAGGCUGGUGUGCACGGGCGCAUUGUUGUACAAAAGCAACACACCUUUUGUAAGCUUUCCUCGCCUUUAUCUUGAACAGUUUCUAUUAAUUGCUCUAGUAAAGAAGCGAAGAACCUGUCACGGUGACACCAAAUUCCUUA